UAUUUUGGAUUUUUAUAAUACAAAAAUCGGCAAAAUGGGGCAAGCGUCAAAGCCUGUCUUUAAGUUCCCAAUGCACGAUACGCAUCUGAAAAAAUCAUUGCGAAACUUGAAGGUGGCCUGUGUGCUGGCAUUGAUUGCACCGAUUGGUCUCUACGUUUUUCAUAAUGCGCCGCGCAAGGCCAAGUACAAGACCUUCUACUCCCACUACGAUCCGAUGGAUGCCUUUGAGCGCAUGAUGAGUGGCGGUUAUCUGAGCUCCUGUCCACCGGGCAGUGGCGGAAAGAAGGACAAGAAGGACAGUAAGGACAAGAAAAAGUAAAAGUGUACGAGAAAAUUACACUCAUUUACACUUUUACUCUAACUGACACUCGACUAAAAUGGUAAACACGAAACAUAACCAAAUUCCAAGAAAACCAGACUCUAGAAAUGGCUAACGCGUUUGAUUCUAAGAAAUUGUACACUCCAAUGGACCUUAUUUACACAAAACUAUUAGCACACUUUCACUCAAACACUGAAUAAACUGAGAGAGCAUUGUAAACCA